UCGUGCGGUGGUUCAAUGGUGAGUCCUUCACGUUUCGUUACACUGACUUCUGUCCGUACCCAUGUCCAUGGCCAAGUCGAUGAGUCUGCUCUGGGGGACUGGAUCCCCUCCCUGCUGGCGAGUGAUGAUCGCCCUGGAGGAAAAGAAGCUGCAGGGCUACAAACGCAAGCCGCUGUCUUUUGAGAAAGGAGAGCACAAAUCCCAGGAAGUCUUGGAAAUCAAUCCGAGAGGACAGCUCCCUGCAUUCAAACAUGGUAACAACAUACUGAAUGAGUCCUGUGCGGCAUGUUUAUACCUGGAGAAUCAGUUCAAGUGUCAGGGCAACAAGCUGAUCCCUGACAAUCCUGCAGAACAGGCACUGAUGUACCAACGCAUGAUGGAGGGUCUCGCCUUCACUGAUAAACUCAAUUCAGUCAUCUACUAUGAAUGGGUUGUCCCUGAAGAGGAGAGACAUGAUUCUGCUGUAAAGAGAAACAGGACAGAUCUGACCACUGAACUCAAACUCUGGGAGGAUUACUUGCAGAAGGUGGCUGCAGGCUCAUACCUGGCGGGGGCCUUCUCUUUGGCCGAUGUGAUCGUCUUCCCAAACAUAGCUUAUGCGUUUCGUUUUGGGCUCUCUGUUGGACGUUACCCCAAACUGGCCAAAUAUUACAGCCUGUUGAAGGACAGACCCAGCAUUAAAGCCAGCUGGCCUCCACACUGGCUGGCCAGUCCACAAGGUUUUGACAUCCUCAAGGAUCUCUGAAACACAUACAGUUUUUUUUUGGAUUUUUUAUUUUUAUUUUUUUUCGACAUUGUAGAUUAAUAUUGAAGACAUCCAAACUAUGAAGGAACACAUAUGGAAUUAUGUGGUAAACAAACAAAUGCUCAACAAACCAGAAUAUGUUUUAUAUUUUACAUUCUACAAAGUAGUUGAAUGAGAAGGUGUGUCCAAACUUUUGACUGCUACUGUACAUUUUGCCUUCAUUAUUUUAUUACUGUGAAUUAGUUAAUCUGCCAAAAAAAAUAAACAAUAAAACUAUU